UUGCUCAUGUAAGUGAACGAUUGAAAGAAUAAGAUGAUUUAGGGUUGACUGUGAUUUGGAUUUUUGCAGGAAUAAAUCAAAAACGCAUAAUGGACCAGCGAAAUCGCUACCACCGCCAACUUUUCGAUUUAUGCCUCUUGAUGCGAAAGAUGUUAGUUUUUUUUUAAACCUACCGUAAUCUAAAAUUUCAUUCAAAAUUAACUCAAAAUUAUACAAAACAGAGUUCAUGCUAAUAGAAGAGAGACUUUUCUAUUUUUAAAUAUUUUUUGUCAAUAUGUGCCGUUGAGUUAGCUUUUGACCUACUGAUAAUGAAACUUCAAUUGAAAACUACCCAGAUAAACUCUUAUCGUAAGGUUUGAAUUGUAAAUAGUAAAAAAUUUUCAGAAAUAAAAAAAGGUUACAAUAUAUGAAAAAGUAUUUUAAAAAUUUGGUUGAGAAACUGUUUUCGAGCAGAGUUCUGUGUUUGAGCCAAACACUUCAAGUUAAAGAUGAUUCCCACAGUUCAAAAAAUUGUUUAAAAAAAUUUCAGACAGCGUUCGCUGAUAAAUCAAAUAUUUUUCGAAAAAAAACAUUGUAAAGAACAUUCGAUUUUUUAUCUAGAAAUGAUAUCUAAGACAAACAGCCUACACAAAUUAUUUUGAAAAAAAAAUGAUUUAAAAAAAUAAGAAAUCGCCAAAAGUAGGAAUAGAAUAACAGAUGUUGUUUGAAUCACCCAAAUUUGCGCUCAUAAAACUAACAGAAAUGUGUCAGCACUUCGAAUGUUUGCGUCUUUUUUGUUUAAUAUACCUAUGAACUGAAAAAAAGAGAAUGAAAAGAAAAUAGGUUCUGUGAAAACAUCAGGUGUUUUUUGGUCAUAAUUACGGAGUGAAAUUUUUAAACGAAAAUUAUAGGUUUGAUAAUUGUAAUAUGAUAUCAUAGAAAAGAAAGAGCUAAAAAUAAAUUUCACACUUUGUUUAGAAAAAAAGCUCACAAACGUGGAUAGAAAAUAUUUUGAUGCACAAAAAGAGCAGUGAUUUAUGCCAAUUGUUCUAUUGGCACCAAAAAUUUUGGCGCGAAAAAAUUUUGCACCUGACAUAAUUUAUGAACGGGUUGAUUUAUAACUUUGAAUUUCACGAGAAAGAGGUUUUGGUCUGAUUGGGCUAUUCAAGUUCACUUUUUUAUACAUAGACAUUGUUUUCUAUAUUUUAUAUUAGUUCAUUAGUACCUAUUCAAUAAGAAAUUAUUGGUAAAAAACUAAUUGCUAGUACGUAUGGAGAAAACAAAAAAGAUAUGCCAGAAGAAAACUUUGCUCAAAAUUUUUCAAAAGAUAUUAUUUUCAAUAUGGGAGAAAUGCAAUGAAAAUGUGGUUGAAACUACAUUUUGAACAUUUUUUUUUAAAUAAGAGUUAUUUUUCGAAGGAUUUCACAAAUAAAAAAACACAAUUUCAAUUAAAAAUAAAAUAAGAAAGUCCUUAUGAAAAACAAAAAAAACCUGAGACAAUCCAAAACAACAAAGUAAAUACAUAGUUUAAUUGAGAAAUUGAAAUUAACUUGGAGAACAUGAAAUUGGGCUUGAAAGCAAAUUUUAAAAAUCUAAUAAAUCAAGAUAAUUCCAGAAUCAGAUUUUUUUUCAAUUUAUUAAUUAAUUUUACAACACUUCUCGUGCUAUACUCUAGUCUUAUCGACAGAAAUUUACAUGUUCAUUCAUUCGAGAUUAGCACUUCUAUUUUUCUUCUAUAAAAAAUAGUAUUAGUUGCCUAGGCAUCCUUUUUAAUCCUACUUCUGCUCUUUUUUCCCUUCAUUUCUGUGCUGAUAUGGAUAUUAGAAGUGAACUAACUAUUAUUUUACCUUCUAUUGCCGAAAUUUUGAAUUUGAAUACUGAGGUUCAAUGCUUGGAUUGAAUAAUCAAAAAUAUUUACAAUUUUCAGCUUCCACCAGCUUCAUCUGCUCCAAAACCAGAUAGAUUAAGCAAUUUUGGCUCAAAAAACAUAAAUGUAGGUUUCUCAAUCAAACUGUGAAAAUUGGCCAUUUUCCAAAAUUAAAUUUUAGGGAACUUACUGGAACUAUGACAAGGAACAUGGAAAACUGAUAGAUAGCUUGAGAAGCACCCCAAAUAAUGGAACACUUUUAAAGGUAAAUCGAGAGAGAAAUUUCGAUUAGAUGAAUGUGAUUUUUUCAGCAACAUCCAUCAACAUCAACAACUCCGCCAAAACCACUAAGUCACACUGAGAAAAAACGCGCAUCUUUUGAAGCAAAUCGAACUCAAGGAUCAGAAUCUGUACAGCCUAAAAAAUCUCGAAGUCUUCCACAACAAACAUCGACAGAGUAUCAACCAUUGCCACCCACUCCAAAUAGUGAACCAGAACAGAAUGUGAACACAAAAUGGGUAGGUCUCAAUUUUCGGUGUGCUUAUUGUGGGAAAGGCUCCCUUGAAACCCCAUCGAAGAUAUUCGAAAUCGCAAUUUUCAGACGGCAUUCGGAUGUACGGUUGGUGGGGAGAAAAUAGAGAUUCCCAGCGAUUGUCAAGUGUUUCGGAUGGUGCACCCAGGUGCUGAUGGAAUUAGUAGAGAAUUUGUCAUCCCUAUGCCGCAAGGAUCUAGUAUAGCUGAUGUUUUGGUAUGUUUUUAAUUUUUUUAUGAAACAUUUAUGAGGACAGGAAAUUGGUAUAAUUUUUCAACAACAAAAAAAACGCAUGAAACCCACUUAUUUUUUUUUCGGAAAAAAUUGAUUUAUUUUUCGAAAUUGUAUUUUUGUAGGAUACAAUUUGUUGGUUUUUAUAUUAGACAAGUGCAUUUUUAUAUUUUCGUGAGAAUAAUAAUUCUUUCAUAAAUUUCCUAUUAAUUUCCAGAAAUUUCAGUAAAAUUGAUCAUAGGAUUUUGAUGUAUUUCAGCGAUUUUUUCAGAUGGCCCUUCCGGACAAUUUUUUGAGUUAUUUCAAUCAUCCAAUCGACUCAACCACCUCAGGUAUUUUUUAAAACUUUUUCAAUAUUUUUUUCGAAAAUGCAUUUCAAUAAUUAUUGUAGCCCGAGAAAGUAUGCGUGUAGUAGAACCUGAGCCGGAGCCCGAACCACAACCACAAUCGCAACAUCCAUCAAUGUGGAUUGAGCAAGAAUGUGCCCAGAUUUCAAAUAACGAUAAUGACGUAAGCCAGUUAUUUUAAAGAAAAAGAAAAAAAUGAUUUUUUUCAGACAGAGCAACCAAUAAUUGUUAAUCCAAAACAGUAUUAUCGAAUUAUGAAACGACGAAGGACUAGGCAAAUGUUGGAAGAAGCUGGUCGAUUACCAAAAGCCAGAGCGGUAAGAAAAUUUGCAAUUGAUCAUAUUUUUACGUUUAUACUUUUUUCAGAAGUAUCUUCAUGAAUCGCGUCAUCAACACGCAAUGUCAAGAGCUCGCGGAGAAGAUGGACGUUUUGAUAGUCAUAGUAUGUUUGUGAGAAUUUUGAAUAAAAAUUAACGAUUUUUUUCAGAGAAAAAACCCGAAACCUGCGGAACCUGAGAAAGAUAGUGCAAAUGAAAACGAACCGGAUACAUCAACCAAGCCUUCAACUAGCUAUGUUCCUAUUCAGUGAGUCCUAAACAAAUUUUUUUAUUUAAACCAGGCUAAUUGUAUUUUUUCCAGACCUGCUCCAAAAUUCAAAAACCUCAAAAAAAUUCCAAGUGAUAAUUAUUCUUGCAUGAUCCCGAAUGAACAAAAAACUGUGAUUGAAACAAGUUCAGCUGAUGGACAAUCCUCUACAUUGACAGUUCUUUAA